AUGUGCCCUGAGCACAUGGCAUCUGUGAUAUUUGACAACGGAUCUGGAUUAUGCAAGGCUGGUAUUGCAGGGGACAGUGCGCCAAGGUCAGUUAUUACAGCAAUUGUUGGUCGCUCGAAAGCCAAAGCAACGAUGCUAGGAGCAGGACAGAAGGAAUUUUAUGUUGGAGAAGAAGCCCAGUCCAAAAGGGGUGUCUUAAGUUUGAAUUAUCCAAUCGACCACGGCAUAGUUACAUCCUGGGAUGACAUGGAGAGGAUCUGGAGACACGUCUACGAGUGUGAGCUGAGAAUCAAAGCUAGCGACAGGCCGGUGCUACUGACGGAGGCCCCACUCAAUCCCUUACAGAACCGGGAAAAAAUGACUGAGAUCAUGUUUGAAGGCUUUAAGGUGCCUGCUAUGUAUGUUGCAGUGCAGGCAACGCUGGCACUCUAUGCCUCAGCACGCACCACAGGGAUAGUAAUGGACAGUGGAGAUGGAGUUACCCACACCGUACCCAUCUACGAAGGAUACUGUUUACCCCAUGCAGUUUCCAGGCUGGAUAUCGCAGGCAGGGAUAUCACUGAAUACUUCAUGAGACUCCUUUUGGAAAGUGGCCACUCCUUCGUGAGCACCGCUGAGAGGGAGAUCGUGAAAGAUAUCAAGGAGAAGCUGUGCUAUGUGGCUUUAGAUCCCGUCAAAGAAACGAAAGCAAAGCCAGAAGAAAUCCUCAAAGAAUACAAACUGCCUGAUGGAAAUAUCAUUAAGAUAGGCAAUCAGCUCUUUCGAGCCCCGGAGACCCUUUUUAUGCCCGCUAACAUUGGUAUCGAAGCCCCUGGGGUGCACAAAAUGAUCUUCAACAGUGUGAUGAAAUGUGACAUUGAUGUUCGCAGGGAUCUUUACGACAAUGUGCUUCUUUCUGGUGGGUCCACCCUAUUUCCUGGACUGGAUGAACGGAUCCUGAGGGAGAUGCAGCGGCAAGUGCCCAUCGGGAUGGCCGUACGGGUCAUAGCACCGCCCGAGAGGAAGUACUGUGUGUGGAUCGGGGCCUCCAUCCUCACUUGCUUGUCAGCUUUUAAAGAAAUGUGGGUCACCGUCAGUGAUUACAAAGAGUUUGGUGCUGCUGUAGUACACAGAAAAUGCUUUUAA